AUGGACGGUGAACGAUAUUGCAAGCCCCCACCUCUCGUAUGCUCCCCAAGGAAUUCCAUUGAUCCUAUCAGUUACCCUCUUGUCGAUGCCUCCUUGAAGGACCUCAAGACAUGUUCCCGUCGCUUACAGACAGUCUCAGCUAUUGUUGGAGACGAAUUAAAGAUUCUUGAACGGCUUUACUACAAAGGAAAGAACCAACAUCGCUCAGCUCUCUUUUGGAAACGGGUUGUCGAAAUCAGGCGAUAUGGUCGGAGGCUGUCUGAAGCUAGCCUCUGGGAGACGCUGGAACUUUUUCGUUGCUCCUUUUUUGAAAUUUAUGAAGGGGUCAUGGAACCACUACCCAAAUUUACCAUAUGUGCUUUUCGUGCAAGGGAAGAUGAGAUGAAUGAGAGACUUAUGGAAGCUUACCGUCAUUUCAAGCUUGCGAUGCAGACUGGUGCCUUUAUCCAGCUCAUAUUAUUGCUAGCGGCGAUUACCUCAAGGCUGUUAGCCCUGACGUCCGAACUGGAAGAAAUCUUGCAACUUGCUGCAAUGGUCUGCACUCGUAUCAUGCAAGUAUCGGACCCGGCUCGUGCUCCACAGCACCCUUUAGGUUCCACGCAAAACGUGAAGGCCACAGAGGUUUCCGUGGUAGAUUCUGCUCUGGAUGAUGUGAAGAUCACUAAACGUUCCUUGAACGAAACCGAACCCGAGUUACUGUUAGAAGAUACGGGUGAUGCAGUCGCUCGUCCUAUUUUGCGUCCUGGAUCUCGUGGAAUACCUAUCGCCCACCCUGAAACACCCAGUGCAACGAACAUGGAAUACAGAUCAUCAUUGACUAAUAACGGUGUUCCAAUGGAUGUAUCCGAAGCUCUGCCAUCUAUAGUCCUUAAACAUGCGAUCACUGCCAAGCCGACCAGCACGGUCAACAAACCGAAACGAAAAAACAAAGAUCAGGUCCUGUCCGCAGAUACAGAAAAGCUAAGAAAAGCUAAGAAAAAGAAAAAAGACGAGAUCGAUGAUAUAUUUGGUUUCUGA